AUGCCACUUCAGACGAACAGAGACACACCUGCAGCUUCGGCUCUGAGUGCAGUCGACUACGAUCCGAUGGAGCAUCUGAACAUGCUGUUUUCGCAUCCGUCUACCGUAUCGUCGAUCAGCCAAGUGUCGCAAACCCUCAAAGCUCACCAAACCGUGCUAUCGAACGAAAUCAACAACCUCGAACUAGAGCAAGCGUACAAGCCCGACUCCAGCCUGGAACGCAUGCAGUCGGCGCAGACAGAGCUGGCUCGGCUCUUCCGGAAAAUAGAAACUGUGCGAUCACGGGCGAUUGAGACGGAGCGGAACAUCACGUCCAUGACGGCGGAGAUCAAGCGGCUGGACGGCACGAAACGUAACCUGACGCUUAGCAUGACGGCGCUCAAACGCUUGCAGAUGCUCACGACUGCUUAUGAACAACUCCGCGGGCUUGCCAGAACGCGGCAGUAUCGAGAGUGCGCUGGUCUUUUGCAGGCGGUGAUUCAGCUGAUGAAGCACUUUAACAGCUACAGAAGCAUAGAGCAGAUUGCGACCUUGAGCCGGCAAGUGUCGGAGCUCCAGAGGGAGCUGCUUGAGCAGGUGUGCGAGGACUUUGAAACGACUUUUGUCAAGGGCGAAGUGGCGACGAAGAGGAAUAUGCUUGUCGAGGCAUGCCUGGUCAUGGAUGCCUUGGGAGACUCGGCCAAGUCGAGAAUAAUCACUUGGUACGUAAACACGGAGCUGAGAGAGUAUCGGCAGGUAUUCCGUGGGAAUGACGAAGCUGGCAACCUCGAUAACAUUGGGCGGAGAUAUGCGUGGUUCAAGCGCACAGUGAAGACGUACGAGGACGAGCACGCAGCCAUCUUCCCGUCGCACUGGCACGUCGGAGAGCUGCUGACCACGGCGUUUUGCGAUGGCACCAGAGAUGACUUCAAGGGGAUUUUGGAGAGGAGCAUGCGACGCGGGGACGGGAACAAGGUCGACGUCAACUUGUUGUUGCGCUGCUUGCAGGAAACGCUAGACUUUGAGCAAAGCCUCGAGAAGAAGUUCUCGGACGCGCCGAGGGCGAGCAUCGAUACUCUGAGCUCGACGGAGGGAAAGACGCACAACUUCAAUGGCCUCAUCUCGGUUGCGUUUGAACCGUACCUGAGCUUGUGGGUUGACUCGCAGGACAAGCAACUGGCGUCGUUGAUGUCCAAGUACCGCAACCAGCCGCUCAUUCCCGCCGGCGAGGAGUUCUCUCCUCAGGGGAUCAUCCCGUCUGCCAUUGAGCUCUUCCACUUCUACAAGUUGACCCUGUCGCAGUGUGCGAAGCUGUCUACCAGCGACAGGUUGCUGGACCUGUCCAAGGUCUUGUCCAAGUACUUGGACGAAUACGCGCAGCAGGUUCUGUUGCACAUCCUCCAAGCCGGCGGGUCUCAGGGCCCGUCACUACACAAUGCCAUCUUGGUGCUCAAUACUGCCGACUUUUGGCAUGUAAACACUGGUCAGCUGGAGGAGAAUAUCAAGAAGCGCAUCGACAAUGAGCUCGUGCCAAAGGUGGACCUAUCGUCGCAAGCUGAUGCUUUCCUGGGCGUGGCUAGCGCCGCCGUGUUGGCAUUGGUACACCUGGUUGAGCUGGAAUGCGAGGGGACAUGGCGUGAGAUGAAGAAUACAAACUGGAGCACCAUGGACACUGCGGGCGACCAGAGCACCUACGUGGGUGAGUUGGUCAAGCAUGUCAGCACAAAGACGGCAGAGAUACUGGGCCUGGUGGGCAAGCAGCAAUACGCCAGGGCGUUUUGUGACAAUCUGGUUGAGCACCUGGCCGCAGCCUUUAUCAACAGCAUUGUGGCAUGCCGACCCAUAUCAGAGGUUGGCGCGCAACAGAUGCUCGUGGACAAGUACGCGCUCACCAAGUCCUUUGGCAGCCUCCUCUCUCACCACAAUCCCCUGUCGUCCUCAACAACGCAGCAAGCACCGCCCUCCAGCUUCGUCCGGCGCGUCGAGCACUCCAUGAACCGCAUGGACCCUCUCCUCAAAACCCUCCAAGUCCGGCCUUCACCCCCCGAGGGUCUCGUCCAAGCCUACCUCAUCCACAUCGGUGAUGGCUCCGACACCAACUUUAAAAAGAUACUCGAGCUCAAGGGCAUCCGCAAGCAGGACCAACCCCACCUCAUUGAACUAUUUGGCAUCCACCGCGACGGCAGUUCCCAUGAGAAACUUGUCCCGAGCUCUCCCCUGCUGACGCCCAUCAUGACGACGACGGCGGCGGCGGCGGCGACGACAGGCAUGGCAAGUGGUGCUGGGGUCGCCGGGAUGAACCCUGGAGCUGCACUCACCGCGGCGGCUGCGGGGGCAAGGUUCGACGCAGGCCUUCUGGGAGAAAAGCUGCUCAGUGCGGCCAGGGACAUUGGGAGCACUACGCAGAGUGCGGAGAAGGCUACAAUCAAUGAGAACUUGAGGAACUUUGGAAAGUUCUUCAAGAGGGACAUUGGAGGUUUGGGGGUGAGGUUUGGCAAGGGGAGUGCUGACGACGGCGGAAGAUAG